GUUCUUGUGGGAAUGGUAAGACAAUGGGUGUGAUCGGUUGUAUGGUGAGCUUUGGCGAAGUGUGGUGGCAGCGGCAUCUUUUGAAGUGACGUCAGUGUUUUCCGUGACCAUUUGAGGGUGGAAUACUUUAUUAGGGCUGUGAAACUCUUCUGCUUUCUGCUGGUCCUUCUCAGCGUUUUAGUAUCCAGGUAGUGUCCAAGACAUUAGCCCGGCGAUGAUGCGGAUUGAGUGAUGUAUCGGUGGAGUGUAUUAUCGUUUUUCAGUCUUUUAAUUUUUCUGGCAUUGUUUGGAGAGGUCGCUGCAUCUCUUUGAAAGUCUGGAUUAUAAUAGUCCAAGUGUUUUUUGGCAUUACUGUUGAGUAGGGAAUUUAUCGGUUCAUGACCAGCUAGGGCGUCGUGUUUUCCAGCUCGGAUCAGACUGGAAAUUGAUUUUCGAUAUCUGAAAAAGGAAUAGAAGUCGAUUUGGAAUAGCAUUUUCUUUGGUUAGGUUUUCUGUGUAGAUUAAUGCUGGACAUGCUUUGUUCGGUCACUGAUGUACUUGUGUAUUGACCUAUCUCUGUGUCUGGCGCGGUCAUGUCAUCUGGAAUAGACUUGGGGUUACGGUUUUUAUUUUCACAUUUUUUGUCUAGAUUGAAUUAAGGUUGCAGCGUUGGUGGUCUUUGAAUCGUAGCGACUUGCAAAUCUGAUUACUCAUAGGGAGUAUCUGGGUGGUUUCGUUUCGAACACUGUGCUUGGUUUAAAGUGUGACAUUGGUUAGUUCAUUUAGGUCCAGGAGCUUUUGUCUUCAGAAGAUUUAUACAGCUUAAUCAUUACAAAGAGAGAAUUGCUUUUUGGAAGAGUUUAAUGCAAGCAGUUGAUGACUUGAAAAUUGCUAUACCAGCUCAAUAGUCUGGAUCAGAGAGUGGCUGUUUGUGAGUGUGAAGCUUGGUAGCGACUAUCCAAGGUUGCAGGUGAAUGAGUUGAAGGCUAUUGCAAGGACGCACUGUUACAAUAAACGAAUUAACCAUGGCGAACCGAGUGUAGGAAUAUAGUGGGGUUUCGCAGCCAUUGUAACAGCUGGCAAUGAGCUUCACCAAUGGCGAAGCAGCGGAAACAGAAGCAAAAAGAACACUUACCCUCAGAUGUAGAGGUCGUCAUGUCGGAUGAAGGUUUUACGUCAUCAUGUUGUGCGAUACUUCACCAGAAGCUUUGUGUGGCCAUCGAUCUAUCUACGCAGCGGAUCUAUGGGCACACGGAGUUAAAAAUUGCAGCAAAACAAGGAGGAAAAGGUGGUGGAGUGAUCGGCUUGCAUGCCCGUGACCUUCAUAUUGAACAGGUUCUUGUCGAUGGUGUGGAAGCUCACUUUGAGAUUCUUAACCAAAAUAAUUACGAUGAGGUCUACAUUAAUGAUGGACCUAAUCCAGCACCCUACACUAAGUCGAAUCAGGAGGCAGCUGAUGAUGCGUACAAGAAAUACUCUGGAGAUCUUCAUGUGGAAUCUCAGCCUGAACUUCUUAUAUUCCCUCCUCCUUCAAAACCUGCAGGCCCAGCCCAAGUAACUGAAACGACCCUCGAGGUUGAAGCAGUAUUGGAGCAUGGUUUCGCACAGACAGCACCUGAUACAACAUCCGAGACCACAAGUUUGGUGGUUGUUUCUACUUCUCAUUCAGAAGUGGUCCACAUUGUGCGUGUGGAUUAUUGGGUAGAGAAGCCACUCUCAGGAGCUCAUUUUGAAGGGAAUCUAUUUUAUACCAACAAUCAGUUGAGGCGGGCACGUUGCUGGUUUCCUUGUGUGGACUCUACACUGCAACGCUGCAGCUUCGAUCUUGAGUUUACAGUCCAUUCAGAGUAUGUUGCAGUCAGCAAUGGCAAAUUGCUUCACCAGGUGUACAGCAAGGAGGGAACCCAUCUUAAAACAUAUGUGUAUAGCCUUUCAAUCCCUAUAGCGGCGUCCUUUGUGUCCCUGGUUGUUGCACCUUUGGUGGUCCUUCCAGAUCGUCAUCAUUCAAAUGUGUCCCAUCUGUGUAUGCCGGGCAUGGAUGCAACGCUAAAUGCGUCUGUCAACACGUUUCACUCUGUGUUCAGCUUAUAUGAAGAGUAUCUGGGAGCUCCUUUUCCAUUUGAAUGCUAUAAACAAGUAUUUCUUCCUGGUGAUGCUGUCUUUUCAACAAGUAGCGUUGGGGCAUCCUUAGCAACUUUUAGUGCGGAUCUUUUGGCAGAUGAACACAUCAUUGAUCAGGCUAUAAGUACACGCAUCAAGCUCGCUCAUGCUUUGGCUCAGCAGUGGUUUGGCAUCUUCAUAAUUCCCGAUUCUGCAGGGGAUGAUUGGCUGUUGGAAGGAUUGGCGGGAAUGCUUACGGAUCUUUUUGUCAAGCGUUUUCUUGGAAACAAUGAAGCCCGCUUUAGACGCUAUAAGGCAAAUGAAGCCGUCUGCUUGGUGGAAGUUGAGGGAGCACCUGUCUUAAGCCCUCCAGCUGGGCUGGAUAUAAAUAUGUGUGGCACUGAAAAACUUGGUGUGCUUGGGAAAAUUAGAACCUGGAAAGCUACUGCGGUUGUGCAAAUGUUAGAAAGGCAAAUGGGUCCAGAGCCAUUUCGUAAGGUUCUGCAAAGAAUAAUCAUGAGGGCACAAGAUCCUGACAGCAAGAAUCAAACCCUAAGCACUACUGAGUUUCGUCACUUUGCAAACAAAUUGGGAAAUUUGGAACGUCCGUUUUUGAAGGAUUUCUUCCCUCGCUGGGUUGAAUCAUCAGGGUGUCCACGUUUGAGGAUGGGGUUCGUCUACAGCAAGAGACGCAACAUGGUAGAGCUAGCUGUUCGUCGGGAGUCUACUUCUAUACCAAAGCGUGUAGGAGCUGUAGGAAAACUCGAAAUUCCUGACUUGAAGCUCCGCAACUCGGACAUGGGAUGGCCUGGCAUGAUGAGCAUAAGGUUGCAUGAAUUAGAUGGCAUGUAUGACCAUCCAAGCUUACCCAUGGCUGGUGAUUGCUACCAACUUUUAGAACUUCAGUGCCAUUCUAAGCUCGCUGGUCGGCGUAUGCAACGUCCUAAGAAAGGAACUAAGGGUGAAGCUGUGGAAGAUCGUGUGGAUGCUACUCCAGCUCAAAGUUUGGAGUCCCCUCUUUUGUGGGUACGCGGUGAUCCGGAGCUAGAGUAUUUAGCCGAGUUGAAUCUAAUUCAACCAGAGCAGAUGUGGAUAAACCAAUUGGAGAAAGACAGGGAUGUUAUUGGUCAAGUACAAGCUGUAGCUGCAUUGCGUGCUCAUCCUCGCACAUCCUUUGCUGUAGUCAAUGCUCUCAACAAUUGCCUUAUUGAUCCCAAGGUCUUCUGUCGCGUGAGGAUUGAAGCAGCUGCUGCACUUGCUAGUACUGCCUCAGAGGGGACAAGCCACAUGGGCUUACAGAAUCUUAUAAAGUAUUAUAAAAGUCGUCGUUUUGAUCCUGACAUAAGUUUACCGAAACCAAAUGAUUUUCACGAUUUCUCUGAAUACUUUGUUUUAGAGGCUAUUCCAGGAGCGAUAGCCGAAGUUCGUGGGAAUGAUGGCAAGAGCCCGUUGGAAGCAUCUGAAUUUAUUCUACAUAUCCUUAAGCAUAAUGACAACAAUGGAAAUGUACAUUCUGAUGUAUACUGGCUAGCUUCUGUCAUUGAAGCUGUAGGUUCACUGGAGUUCGGGAAGCAGGAUUUAAGGACGUUAGCACGGAUUCUGAAGCAAAUUGAUCGCUUCUUGCAGUAUGACAGGUUGAUGCCGAGUUAUAAUGGAGUUGUGGCCACAAGCUGCAUCCGUACGUUGGCAAAUAUUGCCAUACGCUUUUCUUAUGCUUUAUCUAUUGAACGAGUAAAACUGCUGUUGAAACAAUUCAAGGAUCGUGAUAAGAUUAACUGGCGAGUGCGAGUUGCCGCCCUAAAGGCGUUAUUGGAUAUAGAAUAUUACUCAAAAGGAUUGGAAGCUGCAGUUAUUCUUGCGUUACAACUGAUUCAUAGUGAAUUUUCAUUUCCAGUUAAGAGCAAAAUUAUGAAGCAUGUAGGUCGCAUAGCUUCUCUCAUUGAGAAGGGCAGCUGUAAAAUUGGGAGCGUUAGUGUAGCACGCUUGAUGACUUUGUUAAAAAGCAGUACUGCUUUCCAUAAUGUUAUGCUUCGACAUAGUGUUUUCUCUUUUUUGCAGGUUCUUGCUGGCAGGUCUGCGUCGUUGUAUCGAUCAGCUGAAUAUCUCUCAAAGUUGGCACCAAAACAUGCAUCCCAAGAUACGGGUUCUGCAAAAGCUAAAAACGCAUUCAAACUUCGCCUUCGGCCUGCACAAUCUCCGGUUCCUGCUCAGCCAGAACCCCUGAAGUUGCGACUUGUACUUCCAAGUUCUUCGAAAGAUGAUGCUAAUCGGAAGGAUAUUGAUAGUUCUGGAAGUGAACGAGAGAUGGAUGAGCAAAAAGGAAGAUUUUCGAUCAAGUUGAAACUUCGGAAGUCGUCCUCAGCUCUUGAUGGUCCAGUUGAGGAUGCAAGCCAGGCUUUGGAAGUAUCUACUGGAGCUGCGCCUAUGGACCAUCACGUUGCCAGCUCUCCUCCGAAUUGCAUGAAGGAAGUAAAUCUUCACGAGGUCACAGAUUCAAAUCUAGGUUUCAGUCAGCUUGAAUCAUCCAGAAUGCAGCUGUUAGACACUCAACCAGACGAUUCGCAAACUCUUCUCAUGAAUACGAUUUGUGUAGGCGUAAAUGGCGACAUCCAAGAUACAAGUAUUAAAGAAAUGAAACACAAGGAUACCAAUGGCACUGAGGGACAGAUCCCCGAGGAAAACGAAGGUGGUGGUAGUCCUGGAGGUUUCAAUCAGGGUAAUACACAUCCAGGGAGAAAUUCUCGGGGAAGUAUGGAGCAACAGCCUCCUUUUGAUAUGUAUGGAGAGGAUACCCAGGAUGGCACAGGAGAAUCUAGCGAUGAUAUGAACAAAUCAUUAAAUGAAUCUCAGACGGUGGACUCAAAGCUUCAGCGGUUUAACAGUCUGUCAGGAAUGACGGGUGCUGAAAAUUGUACUCGAGAUGGUGGCCUUGAGGAAACAGAAUCACAAAAGCGGGUUGAGAAGCAGUGUGAUGAUAAGAAGGAAAGACGACAUGAUAAGAUGGACAAGAAAGAUCCCAAGGAGAAGAAGAAGAAGAAGAAGAAGAAGAAACAUGAUAAGAACGAUUCGGAUUAUCUGGAGAAGAAAAGGAAACGGAAAGAGGAACGCGAGCAGCGACACCGUCAAGAAGGGCACAAAUCCUUGAAAGAGGAAAAACAUCGAAAAGAGGAUAGAGACGUUAAAGUUGAGGAAAGACCUGCUUCAGACGCUCCUGCGAAUAAUCAUUUACAUCUGGAAGAUGCAACAAUUGAGAAUCAAGGCGUGAGUGAUACUAUGAAAGUUAAGUUCAAGUUUAAAAAGCCAAGGACGUCAGCUUCAAACAUAUAAACACACCUCGUUGGGAUUAAUCAACAUCAGCAGAGAGAAACAAACCAAGUUCAUUUUUUGUGUAACCAACCCCAUCACGUGAUGCGGAGCUGGUCUUAUUGAAUAGUGAAGGUACAGGAUGGUGUAACAACCUAAACCUGCCGAGGACUCUCUCAGGUCAAGUCAUGGCAGGUAAAUCUCAUAUUGGUGGCAGGGAUGCUGACUAGCUUCUGUGUGGUGGCUAUUUAUCAAACGGUUCACAUAAUUUGAAUGCCUAUGGAAACCGAAGUGGUGAAAGCUGAAAGUUUUGAUAUUGGCCAAACUGGUGCCAGGCGCUGGGUUUUUAAUGUCCGAGAUAGGAGCUUCCACGACGGGCCUGGCUUAUUACUGCCGCAUGUCAAAGGUUUCAUUUGAAGAUACCACAGUAGUGGGCUGGCCCAAGACCAAAAAUAUUCGUGAUUCACCACUAGUCAUCUACUGCGCUUGACCUUGUACGAUAAUUGAUGCUUUGAAGACUUGUGGCGCCUGUGCACAUUUUAAGGACUAUUUGACACAUUGCUACGUGAACGAAAAGGUGUGUUCAUUUCUGUAAAGAUAGGUGCGCCCUGAUGUCUCAAGCUCUCCAAUUAUGAUAAACAAUAAAAGUGUACUGGAGACCUAGUGUGCAGGAUUGUUUAACUUGGUUUGUUGCAAGCUAUAUGUGGUUCUAAAUGAAGCCUAACAUGGCCAGGCUUUCUGGUUGCCGUUUUUUUCUGUUG